AAAUACAAACGUAAUAAAAACAUUUUAAUAAGCAAGGAACAUUAAACCAGGUAGGAACUAAAGCCUGGGUCUUGUUUCUACUCCGGACCCGUUUACUAUGACACUGGUUUGUGAGUGACAUGUGAAAAGUCAGACUGUAGUGUAAAUCGUGUGUAAUCAAUAAGUUCUAGUUUAAUUUAUUCAUUCAGAAAAGCGGAGAUAAUUGACAUUUCUUCUUCUUAGAUCGUAUGAUGAGCAUUGAAGCAUGAAGCGGCUGUACGUCGGUGGCCUGGGCCACACGAUAUCUCAGAAAGAUCUCCGAGAUCGAUUUGGGAAGUUUGGUGAGGUGUCUGAUGUGGAGAUAAUAACACGGAAGGAUGAACACGGAUCUCCUCUGAAGACCUUUGGUUAUGUGAAUAUAAAUAUUACUGAUUCCGACUACAAAAGAUGCAUCACGGUGUUGAACAAAUCCAAAUGGAAAGGUGGAACAUUACAAAUCGAAUUGGCAAAGGAAAGCUUCUUACACAGACUUGCAGAGGAGAGGCAGCAAGCAGCUGAGAAGAUUCAACCACCAAGGAUUGAUGCAAAAGAAAAAAUUCUGAAGUCCUUCAAGGCAGCUGGUGUAGAGAACUUCCAUAUGAAAGCAGCUGUUCCAGGAACUGAGAUCCCAGGACAUAAGAAUUGGGUGGUGAGCAAAUUUGGAAGAGUCCUUCCUGUUGUUCAUCUGAAAUGUCAAAGCAAAAACAAGGUCCUCAAGUAUGAUCCAUCGAAGCACUGCCACAAUAUCAAGAAACUUGAGACCGAGGACGGCUUCACUCCAGUGUCCAAACUGACAUGGCACAUAGACAGCGGGGAUGACGAGAUCAGCAGGAGAAGACGAGGCGAGUUCCCACCACAGAAAAAACGACCCAUGAAAACUAAAAAAAGUUGGGACCCAAGCACUAUUCCAUAUUCUGCAACUGCUCCUGAGAGGGGGAUGAUGGUGCAGAACAGAGAUAGUGCCCCACAUUGGCUGCAAAGUCGUAAGCCUCCAGUGUGCGUGUUAGACAGUGAUGCUGACUCGGAGGAUGAACUUCGAAUGCUAGUAGCGCAAGAGCUUUCACGAAGCCAUAAAGUAGUCACCACAGAAGACGAAGGAAACCUCGAAGUAGUGGGGGAUGAUUUUGUUGUGAAAUCCAACAUGUUCUGGGGUGGAGGGGAAAGUGACUUCAUUGCACAAUUUGGUUCAAAACCUCCAGAGAACGAUGAGGAAUACAACUCGUCUGACACAGAUGAAAUAUUGGCUUGGAACAAAAAUUCAGGCAAAGCAGAGAAUCCAGCAGAUAUUGGAACAGGCAAUAAUAAAUCACCUGUAAAGUCCAAGAAGACUGAUGGGAAGAAGCUUGCAAACGAAAACACUCAGAUGCCUACUGAAUUGGAGUCUGUUAAUGACGCUGAAUCAUUGAGUGAAAGCAUUGAUUCUGAUUAUGAAGCCAUGAUAGGUAACUGCCACAAGUUGGAACUGUCACUAGCAGAUUUGGAGGCUCUUGUUAAAAAUACGGAGGAUGAAGAAAGUGACGAUGACGCAAAGGCAGGACCAAGGAAAAUGGCCAAACUAUCUUCUGUACAUGAAACAGGGCAUCAGAGAGUGCAGUCAAAAAAGAGCGACAUAAACCCUGAGGACAUUUUAGCAUCUCUCUUCGGACCAGAUGACAAAAAGGUGAAAAAGAAAAACAUCAAGAAGUCGUGUCUUCCUGCCUUUGUUGGGACAAAGGAACUUUUUGGUAGCACUGCCAUACCCACUGGACUUAAGAGAGCGGCUGAAAAAGUGAACUGUGAAUUUAGUGAGGAACCUAAAAGACUAAGACCAGGCUUGAAAACACCAGAAGAUGAAGAGUCAUCAAGUGAACAGGUACCUACACCAAACGAGAAGAACACCAAAGUCUACACGGAUUCUUCCAGUGAUGAAAUGGAAAUUACUCAAGAACCAAAGCAGCUAAUUUCUAAACAAAGUUCUUCUCUAAAAGUACAUGAGAGGAAACAUUCUGUGCCUAAACAUCCAACAACUUUACCCCAGACUACACACUCACCCAGGAACAGUUCAUCCAGUGAUGAAGAGGAGGAAGAACAAAUCAUCCCUUUUGAAACCAAAACCAUUAAGGGACAUGAAAGAUCUGCUUCUGAUAGCAGCAGGUCCACUGAAGAAUCGGAGACGAGCAGUGAUGAAGAGGAGGAGAAAAAUAAUCAACCAGAAGCAUCCUUAAAGCCUAGUUCUAAACAGGUUAAUGAAAAUACAGCUUCAGGUCCAAAAUCAUUUCAGAAGUCUGUUUUAGACCCAGUGAAGCAGCAGCAGGCCAAUCAGAAGCGUCUCGCUGCUGUGGAACAGAGGCAGAAAGAGUCCGAGCAACAGAAGAUGCUCAUACAGAGUGCUCUCUCGAAAGUGGAUUUGCCAGAUGCAAACAAAGGGAAACACAUUGUAUUUGAGUCCGAUGAUGAAGUUAAUCAUGAUGGUGAAAAGACAACACCCCAAAAAGCGAGCUUUUUUGAUGAAGAUGAUGGAUCGGGAUCUGAGGAAAAACAAGACUUCAGGAAAAAGGAAUUGAAAAAGGCAGGGGGAAGUAAACUAUUCGACAGCAGUGAGGAUGAAAACGAUGACACUGAGGAAGAUCGGUUCAGGAUAAAGCCUCAGUUUGAAGGCAGAGCUGGACAGAAGCUCAUGGAGCUGCAGUCCAGAUUUGGAACUGAUCCAAGAUUUCAGAUGGAUGCCAAGUUUCUUGAAAGUGAUGAUGAAGAACAGGGGCAAGAUAUGGAACCCCUGCAAACGUCAGUGGAACAAGAGCUUGUUGAAGAGAAGAAGAAAAAUUUGUCCAUUCUGCAAAGUGUCCUUAAUGUCAGCAUUCAGCCAAGUGACACAAGUAAAGGGGCAACAAAAGGCAAAAUCUUCAAGGACAUUUCAGCUUUACACUACGAUCCAUCAAGUGAGACUCAUGCAGCUUAUGAAACCAAUGUGGACACCCCAAAAAAAGAAAGCAAAGCGGCAAGGCGAAAGAAACGUGAGGAAGCCAAGAAGCUUCCAGAAGUUUCUAAGGACAUCUACUAUGAUGUGACUUCGGAUCUAAAAGAGGCAUUUGGGAUGGUAAAAGAAGUCCAAAAUGAAAAUAAGGAAGUUUCAUGGGACCAAGAUGAUGAUGAUGAUAACAUGGGUGAAGGACCACAAGAGGACAUGCCUUCAUUUUCAUUUAAUCAAGAAUCGGAGCCAUCAAGUGGAUUUAAAUUCUCUUUCUUUGGAGAUGAUGCAGUAACAAAGACCCCAAAAACAGAUGAAUACAAAGUUGAGACUAUAAAAGGGGCCAAAGUGGCUUGGCAAGUAGAUCCUCGAUUCCAGGACAGCAGUUCAGAGGAAGAGGAGGAUGCGGAGGAAGACAAAGAAGAAAAGGAAGAGGCUGCUUUGAUCACUACAACUGAACAGCCGGCCCCUACAAAAAAGUUUUUCUUCUUCUCUGAUGAUGAUAUCCGGUUGAAGGAGGGACCCGCUAUGUUCUGCAGACGUGAGAAACUGGAGGAUCAGAGAGAAACAUGGGAGGAGAACAGGAGAGAACUCAGACAGGAAUACCGCAAGAAGCACAAAGAAGCCAAAAGACGGCAAAAGAGAUGACAACACAACUUGAACCACAACAAACCCACAUUGCCAUGUGUCAUUUAAUGAGUUUUAUUAUCCAAGUUUUGUUACAUCACAGAAACAAAGAAUAUUCUGAGUUUUCAUUCACUGGUGUAAUUUAAUACCUCAACCUUCUCAAUAUAUUUUGUGCCUUUGUGUUAAAACCUGUGUAAAUAAACAUUUUCAUAAAG